AUGGAUAUAUGGGAUACCGAUUAUGAAAAAACCAUUGAAACAGGAAAAGAAAUUAAAAAAAUAUUGAGAAAAAAUGAAAAUGAUCGAAAAAGGGCUAAAAAUAGAGCAAUAUUGAGAGGGAAAAUAGCCGAAUUUAAUCAAAAUAUGAAAUUUUUAAUACACCAAUUAAACAAUAAUUAUAUAAAAAAUGAUAUAAGAUAUAAAUCAAAUGAAGAGAAAUAUAUGAGUAAAGUAGAGUUCCUAGAAACAAUGAAAAAAGAUAUAUUAGACCUGUACGAAGAAUAUGGAACGAAUAAUGAAUCGAACAUUUCGUAUAACAUAACGAUGGAUUUUGUAAAUAAUUUUGAUAGCAGAAAUGGGUCAUAUAUAAAUGAAAUAAACAGAGAAGAGUUAAUGUUAAAACAACAUAAUAUAAUGAGAUUACAAGAUGAACAACUCGAAUUUCUUGAAGGAACAACACAAAAUUUAAAAAGUAUUAGCUAUAAUAUAAAUAACGAAAUACAAGUGCAUAAUGAAAUAUUAGAUGAUAUAGAUAGAGAUAUGGAUGAAACAAGUGAUUUAUUGGAUAGGAAUAGUAACAUUUUUACUAGAAUUACUAACAACACGAGUAAUUAUUAUUUAUAUAUGUUAAUUUGUUUAUUAACAGUUACACUUUUCUUUUUUAUCAUAAUACUAUAG